AUGUUGAAUGCUGACCCAGGAAAGAAGAGGAGAGAGAAAGAGGAGGAGGGGGAAGAAGGAAGGAGGAAGACGUUUGAGAGAAGAGGGAAGAGGGAGGAGGAGGAAAGGAAGAGAAAAAGAAUGGUCUGGGAAAAAAAGGCCUGGUCGAAAGGAAGGGAGCGAGGGGGGGGGGAAGGGAAAGACUGCGCAAAGAGGGAAAAGUGGUGUGGGUGUAGAGAGAAGCGCGCCAGGACGUGGGCACAAGCCGAUGGGCGAUUCGGGCGAUCGCUGGAUCGCGACAGUGAGGCGGUCGUGUCCAGCGGCGGUGUUGGCGAUUUGGGCGACGAGCGGCGCAGCGACAACAGGGAAGUGGGAGGCGGGAAAGAGGGGCUCCCUCGGCGGGACUGACGGAGGGGGAAAACAAGCGAACAGGCCAGUCCCCGGAUUCGAACACGCACUGGGGCCCAUAAUGCCACUGUCUUCAUUCCCCGACAGCCAAUGGAUGUGCCCGUUGCCCAUUCUGACUAACGGCGUGCCCGGGCUAAACGGAACCUGGUUAGGACACGUCCACCUUUCCUUCGGUGACCCAUAUUUCGAAAAGAGACAAAAAAAGUUCCAGGAAAUAAGCAAAAAUGAAAAUGAAAAUGCAACAAAAUUCAAAACAAAAUGGAUCUAAAUGCAAAAUGAUGAAUAAUGAUAUAAUAGGAAUUAAAUA